CGACACAUCUCUCAAUCGCCUGAAGCCCCAGAAUGCUUAUCCGAUGUUUUCAGCAUUGUCGCAGUACGCCGGUGUGCUCUCAUGAGGCAUGAAGCUUGGCGCGAACAGAUGGGAUUCUCGAGAUGAUCGUCCAUGACUCCACACAGCUCGGCAUGACUCAUUUUGAGUCGGCCUUCAUCACCGUGACUCGGCGUGACUCGGCGCAUCCGGACACGGUCUAUAAAGCUCAAGUAAAGGAAGGUCUGGUGCUCUCUACUCCUAUCUUCAAGAUCACAAUGUCCUCUCCCCAGUACAAUAACAUCAAAGGAAACGAUACCAAGGGCAAAGGCCUGCCUAUUGCAGGACCCAUCAGUGGCAAAGCAGAUGAUUACUCGCCAUCGCUCGGCAACAAGACUCUCAUCGCAGGCAGCGAUAGUCACGAAGCUCCGGCGCAUGUCUUUGAAGGCACCGAUGACUGGAACAUCCCCGACAGAGUUGCCAACCAGCGCUUCUUUGUUCAGAUUGACCAUGUCAAUAUUCAUUCCCUCAUCGAGGCUUUCCAGGAGCUCGAUAAGGUGAUGCGUCAUGAGGGAAUGGGCCACUUGAUUUCCAGGAAGAGGAGCCACUCGAUUGGUGGCCGCGCUGUGGAAGUCGGCCAAAUCGGUGUACUUGCAUACCGGGGACGGCCCAUCAUCAUCAUCAAGCCAGGAAGGUAUUGGAAUCUCUCCAUCACUCACACGUGGUACCCCUGGGCCUUUGACUUGACCACUGUCAACCAAUUUAACGGUUUGACCUUUGCGCAAGUCGGACAGUCGGAAGCGAUGGUGUGCCUUGACCCACAGAACCAAGUCUUUGUCGUGCGUAAUGGCGGAUUCGCCAGUUACGGACAUUCAGGAACCUACAAAGUCAUUGAGAUUGUCGAUACGCUCAACUUGGGAGAAGAGUAUGCUGUUCGCGAGACUGAUCUCUCUGAGGAUGAAUCCAUGGGCCGACUGCUAGGCUACAAGAAGGAAGUGAGACACAAUGUCAUGGUCGGCGACAAGACCCAGUCUGUUACGAUUGCCACCUUCUUCAACGUCCCUGCGCAAAACACCGUCGUGAUCCAAAAUGGUGGUCAUCUGAAAGCAUUUGGCGCUGGGCAGCAUGUCAUCACCAACCCGAAAUGCACCUUCCGUGGCUUCUUCACCCUCGGAGAACGACAAAAGUCGUUCCGCACGCAGCCAGCUUAUACGCUCGAGGGUGUACCAGUUGUGCUUCAUGUCAAUCUUCGAUACCGAGUCGUUGAUGCUAUUGAGCUCACCAAAUCCUACGAAACUGCCUUCCAAGCUCUCAAGAACCCAGCACAAUCUGCCGUGAAUGCUGUUGUCUCGCGACUGAGUUAUCAGCAAUUCAUGCGAGCCAAGUCGUUACGCGGUGAUAUCCCGGACGUCGAGCAUAUGUCUUGGCUAGAGGCAUUCAAGGCUGAAUGUAUGGCUGACUUGGCGGCCCAUGCUAUUGAGUAUGGUGUCAAGGUUCUUUCAUUCGAUGUACUCGACAGGAGGCUUGAAGGCAAGCUUGGUGACGAUCUGGAGAAGCAAGCAGAGUCUGUUCUCAAGAACCAAAUGCAAUCUACACAAGUCGCCUUGCAAAAUCGCAUCAACACGGAAACCGAGCAGGGUCGCCUUGAAGUGGCUGCUGUCAAAGCCCAGCAAAUCCAAACGGAGGCAGAAGCAGAAUACCAGAGGCAAAUCAAGGUGGCUGAUGCUCAAGCAGAGACCGUCAAGCGUCUUGCUCAAGCCAAUGCUGAUGCGAACCGGACUGAGACAGACCAACGCGUGCGUGCUAUUGAGCAGCUUGCAGCCGCUGAAGCACGAGCCAUUGAGCUGCAAGGUGCAGGGUACGCCACCGUGAAAGCCCCCUUUGCUCAACAGGUGCAACUGGAGAAGAUUGAGAUGGAGAAAUUCAAGUCGCUCCAAGAUGCGACGGUCUUUGUUGGUGCUUCUGCUGCCAACGGUGCUGGAACAACUCGCGACGGUGUCAACCAAGGUUUUGCCUUUGCCAGGGGCAUGAGCUUGUCGAACCAGUAAGUCCUUGACUGUACUGUGCAAGUGUGUCCAUGUGUAUAUCGUUGUGAUGACGGUUGCGAAACGUUUUGAAAUGGACGUACAGAUUGCCCCAUGGCCUGUACAUAGUUUUCUUACAUUGCCUGACUUGUGAGAAGCCGUUAAAUGCAUCUUUGUAUUCAAAAACUGGAUUUUGGCGACAUAGGUCGCAUUUUGAGUAUUCAGGUAGA